AUGGAUCUACUCCUUUUCCACCUCCUGCCGAAGGUACCCAAGAAGGCAAAGAAGAAGUCCGCAGAGGGAGCCAACUCUAAUAUAUUUUCUAAUAUCUUUGAGCAGUCUCAAAUCCAGGAGUUCAAGGAGGUAAGGAUACCCCUUUCUGUCUGGGUCCUAGUGCAUAACCCAUUCUGCCCCUACUGCCGUCUCAACGUGAAGCAAAAGGAGAUAGAUGAGAUGCUGAAAGAAGCGUCGGGCCCAGUCAACUUCACCGUCUUCCUCACCAUGUUUGGAGAGAAGCUAAAAGGCGCUGAUCCAGAGGAAACUAUCCUCAACGCAUUUAAAGUAUUUGAUCCUGAAGGAAAACGGGUCCUGAGGAAGGACUCUGUGACCGAGAUACUGACGACACAAGUGGACAGAUUUUCUCCUGAAGAGAUGAAGCAAAUGUUUGCAGCCUUCCCACCAGAUGUGGCAGGAAAUCUAGACUACAAAAACCUUGUCCACAUCAUCAUACAUGGAGAAGAGAAGGACCAGGAGUAA